GCAAAGCUCCACACAGACAGAGCAGUUCUUCACUGAUCGAUCAGUUAGCUCUAGCUCCAACCAGUCUACUUCUUGGUGUAGUAGCAACUCCUCAUCGGCAUCAAUGGCCACAGUAGAGGUUGAGACCCCGACCACUGUGGAGGUGCCCGUGGAGGUGACGCCGCCGGACGCCGCCGUUGAGGUGGAGGCGCCGAAGGAGGAGACGCCGGCGCCUGCCGAGGCUGAGGCCGAGGUGGCUGCGCCGGCCGAGGUGGCUGAGACAAAAGAAGCAGAGCCGGAGCCGGAGCCGGAGCCAGCUGCUGCCGAACCGGCGGCGGAGGAGGUCAAGGAGGCGGAGCCGGCCGCCGCGGCCGAGCCAGAGCCGGAGGCCGCCAAGGAGGAGGAGGCCGAGGCAGAGACCAAGGAGGCGGAGCCAGCGGCGGCCGAGGAGGCGAAGGAGGAGGAGGCAGCUCCACCGGCAGCAGCCGCCGAGCCGGAGGCCGCAGCCGCCGAGGAGGCGCCAGCAGCGCCGGUGGAGGAGGCGGCCGCGCCGGAGGCCGAGAAGGCCAGCGAGUGAGCGCCCGCCGCGGGAGGCUGGCUGGCUCGCCGUCGUCGUCGUCGUCGUACACCGGGGUUUGCAUGCCAUGGCCGCGCGCGCCGGCGCCGGCGGGUCGAUGGAGUUGUACGUACGUGUGGCGUGUAGUGAGUGAGUCGGUAGUACUCGACUCGUAGGUGUGCGUGCGUGGCGUGGGUGCGUGACGUGGCAUGGCAUAAAUAAAAAAAAGAGUUGUGGUUUCGAGGGCGGGUGGAGGCCCAGCGGCAGUGACGCCGUGGUGCCCUCCCCGGGCCCACAUGCCUCCGUCGGUCGUCGCCGUGUUGCUUGGUUUGUGUUUUGCUGUUUUGCUCUCGUUUCAUCGUGUUGUUUAUGGGUGUUGAUUAACGUUUUGAGAGUUAUUAUCUUCUUCCA